AUGGUGGUGGUAGUGGUGGUGGUGGUGGUGGUGGGUGGUGGUGGUGAAAGCAUUGGUGAUGGUGGUGGUGGUGGUGGUGGUGGUGGUGAUGAUGGCAUUGAUAGUAGUGUUGGUGGUCUUGGUAUUGGUAUUGGUGGCAUUGCUGAUUUUAAUUGGUGUUGGUUUUGUGGACUUGGUGGUGGUGGUGGUGAUGGUUUUGGUAUUGGUGGCACUGGUGACAUUGGUGGUGGAGGUGGUAUUGAUGGUUUGGUGGCGGUAUUGAUAGUCUUGGUGGUGGUGGUGGUGGCGGCGGCAUUGGUGUUUGUGUUAGUGGUGGUAUUGGGUGUUGCUGGUAGAUUUGUUGAUGUUGAUGGCAGCCAUAUUGAUGCUGAUACUGAUGUUGCUGUCACUCAUGAUAAUGAGCAUACUGAUGCUUAA